UAUUUUGGURACUACCAUGGAGUAYAUUUAGGAUUUCCCUACUAUGCCUCAAUGAUUCAAGCUAUCAGGAAUUAUAUGGUGUCAAAUCAAAGCCAAAAUUAUUUUAUUGUCUACCAAUUAUUAGCAUAGGAAGUCGGUCAGUUGAGAAGAGAAGAAAAUGUCCGCUGCAAAGGAAAGUCUCAGCCAUGAUAGAGAGAGUCACUUGGUUUUGGAACAAGAGAACUUAAGAAAGAAAGAGCAAAUGGUUGCAAUGGAAGAAGCAAAAAAGCGCUCAAAGAACUACAAAGAACACGAUGCAAUGCGAGAAGAAUCAGAKAAAUACGAAAUGGAGAGAGCGAAAAUGGAGAUGAAACAACGAAACGCAGAAAUGCAGCUAUUGAAAGAUCACGAAAUSGACUUUGAAAAGCAAGUAAUGGAGACUUUCAAAGCAAAAACACAAGACGAAGCAGCCAAGGGUCAGCGAUGGGAAGAGGAGCGUAAGCUGGAAGAUCAAGAAAUGGAAGAAAAGAUUAAAACGCGUCACGAUCUAUUGAAGAAAAAGCUUGUUGACAUGGAGAGAGCACGUGAAGAAGCCGAGGCCGAAGCUCGAUCAAUUGAAGCCACGACUAUCGCCGCAUCAAAAGCUUUCCAGGAAAAGAAUAUCAAAGAAAUAGCUAUUGAUACAUUCCUAGAAAAAGAACAAAAGAAAAAAGAGGAAAGGUUAMGAAGAAAYGAAAAAAUGAUACAGAAAAAAGAUGAAACUGAUCGAGCCUUGCUUGAAUCGGAAGUGAAUGCGUUGGCGAUACAGAAAGAGAAACGAGCACAGGUAUUAGMGCUUCAAAAAGCUGAAUUUAGCCGUUUUGAAGAGGAAAUUAAAGAAGGUGGAGUAUUGAAGGAAAGAAAUAAAGAUAAAAAAGUUAUUGAAAAUCAAAUYGAGAAAGAAAGGAGUAGUCUUGAGGAAAUUCUAGAGAGGCAAAAAGCUCGAGACUUGGAAAAAGAAAGAAAAACGGAAGAAAUUGCGAAAGAUUCGGAAAACUUUGUAGCUAUGCAGGCGAAUAAGCAAAAAAGCUUGCAAAGUGACAGGAAGCUAGUAGAAGAAAUGGUUCAUUUACACCACGAAAGUUUGAUACAAGAAGAAGAUUUGAAACGCACCAUGGAAAAAGAAAGACUACAAAGAGAAAAACUACAAAGAGAACAAGAAACUGAAAAGCACGAGGCAGAAUUAUUAAAGUUGYUAGAAASUCAAAAGCAAAAAAGACAACAAGUAGRGAGUUACGAAUAUGAUGGUAGUGAAGAAGARARACUUCGGCUUGAGGCGUUAAAGAAAAGACARCRACAGCAAGAACAGAUUAUGAAUCAAAACGAGAAAGAAAUGGAGUUACUAAUGAAGACUAGAGUCAGAUCAAAAUCUAAAGAUAAACAAGAUGUCAAAGAGUCUGAUGGAAAGAAAARAGGAUUCUUUUCAAAUUUAUUUGGAAAACGUUGACAGAGAUUAAAUGAGCAAUUUAUCUUGCAACGGCGAAACUCGGUUGCACAAYUGCAGCAGCUUGCUACGCCAUUGCAAACCAAACAACCGUGUUUCAUCCCUCCAGAUUGCAAUUUUAGAGACGCGUAUUCAGUCUAUAUAAGCGCAUGCACAAUCACCCAGCACCCUGAUAUCAUGAUUUUUAUUGAGCGAUAAUUUCGUGGACCCCUGCUGAUAGCACUAUUUAGUUUGUACAGUUGAGCAGUUKAAGUGCGAUCACUCCAGCGACGCCUGUCAUGAAAAGMAGGUCAGUCUGCAGGCGAAUGUUUGCGAGGGUACAAGGUUGUACAAGCAAAAAAUGAUUGUUCCUUA